AUGCCUUCCGCGCUCGCAUCAUCGUCGCGUCACUCAGAGACAUCAGUCAAGCAGGAGACUUUUGGCUUCAACUCUGCUGAAUCUUCUCCGAACAGCAAAAAGCGAAAGGUCAUCCACGACCAGGACGACGACGACGAGCAAGACGACGAACACGAUCUCGACGACUCCGCCUCCUCUUCGGCUUCGCCCUCCAAGUCCAGCCACAUCGGAGGACGCCGCAAAGCCAGCGACGAGGAGCGCAAGGCUCGUCUCGAAGCUCGUCAAGCCCGCAACCGUCUCUCGGCCCAAUACUCGCGAGAACGCAAAAAGGCGUACGUUGAGACGCUUGAAGGCUCUCUCAACGACCUCAAGGCCGAAAACACGCUGCUUCGUCAACAGCGCGAACAGGAUCAGUCUGUCCGUCAAGCCCUCGACGCUAAGCUUAACGAGGCUCAGCUGCGUGUUACUACGCUCGAGACCAUUCUCCGCACCGUCGCUCCUUCCCUCAUCCCGCUCCUUGGUGUCGUCCGAAAGGUCGGAAGCAACGUCGAUGUCAACGGCAGCAGCAUCGUCAAUCAAGGUUACCCCCUCGCCAGCCAGAUCAGCGUUCCUGCUCUCGAGCAGCCGUCGUCGAUCGCGGCCAGCGCCCAAGUCCCUCUCACUCAGCAUGUCGUCGAAGCAAAGGCAGCCGGUGUCGCCCGUGAAGCUGAGGCUCUCCUCUCCAACUUUAUUGACCUCGACGCCAAACCUGCCCACAGUGACGCGACGAUUGCGGCUCAAGAUCAAGGUUCCUCGACGCCUACCGCCCCGUCUCAACCUGUAUCUGUGGGCGAGAACCAUGCAGCAACAGCAGCAGCAGGCGGCGCCUUGCGACCAGCAGACGCCUCUGCCGAUGGUCUCGCAAGCCUGAGCACCGUCUCGACGGGCUUGAGCGAGGGUGCGAGUGACAACAGCAGCAGCAAUCAGAACAAGACCAUCAGCGAGACUGGCGAGUCCGCCAUCUUCAACACCAUCAGCUUGUCUCUCGCGCAGAACGAGGAGCAAAGCCUUCAAGAACGCUUCCGACUCCUGAACUCUCCUCUUCUUCCCACAGAGAGGAACAUGUGGGAGCUCGCCACCGACGCGAUGCUGCAAGAUAUCUACAGCACCUCUCAAGACACCGCCGCCAACGUCAACACCGACGCGGACGUCUCGUCAUCUGAGAUGGAUGUCAGCGCCGGCUCGUCGCCCUUCGACCUUGUCGAUCUGGACAUUGAGAUCGAGGAGCCUCUGCAGCUCAACAUUGGUCUCGGCGACGAGGAUGCCGUUGGUAGUGGAUUCCUGCCCGCGAGUCAUGAAAGGGCCGACGUUGCCGGUAUGGACUGGUCGGGUCUCAUGGCUUCGCUUGUUGCUUAA